AUGACAUUGAGUGGUAAAAGAGUUGUUCAGAUUGAGAUCAAGUCCAAGGGUGAUGUUUUUCACGAGCUAUGGAAGGCAAAUCCACACCAAGUUCCGAGCUUGACACCAACCACCAUCCAAAAUUGUCAAACCCAUGAGGGUGAAGUUGGAACCGUGGGCUCUAUUCUUAUCUGGAACUAUUUUCAUGAUGGAAAAGACAGCGUUGCAAAAACAUUGAUUGAAGACAUCAAAGAGGAGAAAAAGUCAGUGACCUUUAAGAUACUAGAAGGUGAUCUGCUGGAACUAUACAAGACCAUUGUUAUACAUGUUCAUGUAGACACAUGUGGUAUAAACCAUCUUGUGACAUGGACAAUCGAGUAUGAGAAACUGGCACCUAAUGUUCCUGAUCCAGAUACACUCAUGGACUUUUACAGGAAAAUCACUAAAGACAUAGAAACUCACCAUCUUGGUCAAAAAUAAAUAGUAAAUCAAAAUCAAGUUCAAAUACAACACCAAUAUAUAUAUAGGUGACGUACCAUAAAUAAUUGAUUUUGAGUGUGUUUGAUGUUUCAUUACCUUAAGUAUGUUUGAUGCUUUCGUUUGUAAAAAUGUUUGGGUUACUUUUAUAAUCAAUUUGGGUGCUUGUGGGUGAGGCCAUGAUGGAGUUUCUAAAUCUGUGGAUUUAAAAUUUGUCAUGGAAUCGAAUAAUGGCCGAUUAACAGUAA